AUGCAAGGUCAACAACACCCUUCUAACAACGACAUCACCAACGUGGCGUAUUGGUGUGAUCUAUCCCACAACUAUGACAAGGAGAAGGCGCUUGAUACAACGAAGGCCAUCAAUGCUGUUUCCCAUAUCAACAAGUGCCCCAACAACAAGCAGUACAAGGGAAACUCUGAUAACAGGAGUAUUAACUACUUCCUGACUCAGGAAUCCUGA